AUGAAUUUCCCUUGUCUUACUAGCUUCUCCGAACGUCUCGUUGCUCCUCUUUGUGCUACAGUUCCCACUACAACUAUCAGGUUCCACUUUUCAGUUGGGCAUUUUCUCGAACAGUUUUGUCGAAGUCUUGGAUUUCCUCCCUCUUUUAUUGGUUUGGUAUUUUUUUUUUCCAGGGGCACUAGAGCGGACAAUUUUGCAAUUGAAGGGUGUAAUCUAAAAUUCUCAUUCUCGAGGAGGCAAACGCAGGAUGUACCAGUUCUUAGGGAUUGUUCGAUUCGCAUUCCUUGCGGGCAGUUUUGGAUGCUGCUUGGACCCAAUGGAUGUGGAAAAUCUACCCUCUUGAAGAUUUUGGCCGGUCUGUUGACUCCAACUUCAGGAACAGUGAACGUGAAUGGGCCUAAAACUAGUGUGGGCAUUGAUUUUGCCAAACCCAAUCGGUUGAUAGACUUAGACGCACUCAAUAUGCCUUCCUCUGAGAUGAGGAGGUGCGGUAGCCUCUAUAUGGAAUAUUCUGGAGCUCUUUGCAUGCAUGGUGUGGUGCUGCCUACUGUAGAUGCUGAUGUUGCAUUUGGUCUUGGUAAGAUGAAUUUAACUAACGAUGAAGUCAGGUCUAGGGUGUCAAGAGCUUUGCACGCUGUAGGCCUGUCUGACUACAUGAAGAGAUCUGUCCAAACUCUGAGUGGUGGUCAGAAGCAGAGGGUUGCCAUUGCCGGUGCUCUAGCAGAAGCUUGUAAAGUUCUGUUGUUGGAUGAGCUCACAACAUUCUUAGAUGAAACUGACCAGGUCGGGGUUAUCAAAGCUGUGAGGAACUCUGUGGAUACAUCUGCUGAAGUUACGGCAUUAUGGGUCACCCAUCGUUUGGAAGAACUAGAGUUUGCAGAUGGUGCCAUCUACAUGGAGGAUGGGAAAGUAGUCAUGCAUGGAGAUGCAGCUAGCAUUAGGAGUUUCAUUGAAGCCAGGCAAUCUGCUUAUAUAAGCCAGAUUAAUUCUUAA